UAUUAUGACCCUCCCCGGCACCCGUCAGACGCGCCUCCGCAUCCGCGCACCCGGAAACUGAGCAGUGCAACAAAAGCAGCGCUUUCUGCAGGCAAUAAACACUCUCAGCAUCAUGUCGGAUAAAAGUGAGCUGAAAGCUGAGCUUGAGCGAAAGAAACAGCGCUUGGCUCAGAUUAGAGAGGAGAAGAAGAGAAAGGAGGAGGAACGCAAGAAAAAAGAGGCUGAGCUGAAGAAGGAGGCCGUCCCACAGCAGGAUGAUUCAGACCUGGAGAAGAAGCGCAGAGAGGCCGAUGCUCUGCUGCAGAGUAUGGGCAUCACAUCAGACACACCUGCGGUUCCUGCACCCAUGUCUCCCACGGCCAAAUCUGUGGGCACUCCAAGUGAGGCAGGGAGCCAAGACUCAGGAGACUGUGUCACCGGACCAAGGACUCUGCACUGGGACUGUGACCCCUCUACUCUUCUGCUUCACUCUGAUCUGGGACGUGGUCCUCUGAAGUUGGCAAUGGCGAAGACGACCCAUGUGGAUUUCCCACCCAAAGAGGUGGUGUCCUAUACCAAAGAGACACAGACGCCCACCAUGACAGAGCAGAAAGAGGAGGAAGAUGAGGAAGAAGAGGCAGCACAACCACAGCCAGAGGUCGAGGCAGAGAAAGAGAAACCAGUAGAGAAACAAGAAGAGGAAGCGCCCCCUCAUGAGCUAACAGAGGAGGAGAAGUUACAGAUUCUGCACUCAGAGGAGUUCAUGGAGUUUUUCGAUCACAGCACACGCAUCAUUGAGCGCGCUCUGUCCGAACAUGUGGAUGUUUUCUUUGACUACAGUGGCCGUGACAUGGAGGAGAAGGAGGGUGAGAUGCAGGCUGGGGCGAAACUGUCUCUAAACAGGCAGUUUGUUGAUGAUCGCUGGUCCAAACAGCGAGUGGUAACCUGUCUGGAUUGGUCCCCACAGUAUCCAGAGUUGCUGGUCGCCUCUUACAACAACAAUGAGGAAGCCCCACAUGAGCCUGAUGGAGUGGCUUUGGUCUGGAACAUGAAAUACAAGAAGGCCACACCGGAGUAUGUCUUCCACUGUCAGUCUGCAGUCAUGUCUGCAGCAUUUGCAAAGUUUCAUCCUAACCUGGUUGUCGGAGGCACUUAUUCAGGACAGAUCGUCCUGUGGGACAACAGAAGUAACAGACGCACUCCUGUCCAGAGGACACCUCUCUCUGCUGCGGCCCACACGCACCCAGUGUACUGUGUUAAUGUGGUUGGGACACAGAACGCUCAUAACCUCAUUAGCAUCUCUACUGAUGGAAAGAUGUGCUCCUGGAGUCUGGACAUGCUGUCUCAACCACAGGACAGUAUGGAGCUGGUGUUUAAGCAGUCUAAAUCCGUUGCGGUCACCUCCAUGUCCUUCCCUCUGGGUGACGUUAAUAACUUUGUGGUGGGAAGUGAGGAUGGAUCAGUCUACACAGCCUGUCGCCAUGGCAGUCGGGCAGGUAUCAGUGAGAUGUUUGAGGGACAUCAUGGUCCAAUCACAGGCAUUCACUGUCACACUGCGACUGGGCUGGUAGAUUUCUCUCAUCUCUUCCUGACCUCCUCUUUUGAUUGGACCGUCAAACUCUGGAGCAACAAGAAUAACAAGCCGCUGUACUCGUUUGAGGAUAACUCGGAUUAUGUUUAUGAUGUCAUGUGGUCUCCGGUACAUCCCGCCCUCUUUGCUUGUGUGGACGGACUUGGACGCAUCGACCUGUGGAACCUCAACAAUGACACAGAGGUGCCCACUGCCAGCAUGGCUGUGGAUGGAAGUCCUGCUCUGAACAGACUGCGCUGGUCUCAGUCAGGCAGAGAGAUCGCUGUCGGGGACUCAGAGGGACAGAUCCACAUUUACGACGUCGGCGAGCAAAUCGCAGUCCCGCGAAAUGACGAAUGGACCCGAUUUGUGCGGACGCUGGUGGAGAUCAACGAGAACCGCGACGAUGCGGAGGAGCUGGCCGCCCAACGCCUUUCCGCUUGAUCGUCAUGGAAACCAGCACUAUUCCGGAGAUCUCCGAAAGCUGUAAUCAUCUCUGUCUUUGGAAAUGAAAUGAUUUCUGUCUGCAAACCUUUGAUUCUGCCUUUUGUUUGGAAUGAAAAUAUGAAACAUUGACCGUAGGUGCGAUUCAUAGUGUGAGAGCAGAAGGCCUCCCAGUCACCCCACAACCAGAAGCCUUAACAUUCGCAUGCAAAAAAAACUAAAGAAAACCAUAAUGAAUGUUUCUUUACCCAGGUAUCUCUGAGUGUGCUAAACUCUCAGCUCAUUAUGCACAGCCAAAUUUACAUUUACCAUUUACACCAAUGAAUCUCAUUAAACCUGUCUGGCUCAUAGUUCAGCCCCAAAAUUAAAAUUUACAUACAUAAAAUGAAGCUUUUUUUAUAGAUUAACAAAAUGUUUAAAGUAUUAGAUUUACUGCCUGAAAUUUACACAGAUGAGUAAAACAAAUUUUGUAUUACAGGUUUUAUAUUGUAAUACAGUAAAAAUGGGGUGAGAGAGUGUGCUUAAACGGUAGAUUUGUCAUUUAGUAACAAAUGUCCUUGUUUUCUUUAAAAUGUAGUUGUUUUCUUUUGAUUUUGGGGUUGAAAUAUGAAAAAAGAAAUAUCUUUGAGAGGUUUUGUAAGAUUGACUCUAACAUCUUUACUGUUCUCACUACUAGUAAACGCUGUAUUCUUUCAAACUAGAUGACAGACCUAGAGAAAUCUAGAGCUCUAGUUCUUGUAGAUCGUUUCAGUGGGACGUAUUGAGUUUGCUGGAGAUUUCUGCUGUCUAGCUGUGGACCAAAUGCUGGAGUAAUUUGUGACUUUCAAGCUCUUAUGUUUAGUUUUUGCUCCUGUUAAUGAUUGAUCUUGUUCCUCUCCACUUCAGCAGAGGCACAAUCAUGUAUUUAUUAAACAUAUCAAUAUACUGGGUUCAUUUUCUGAAUUACUCUUUUAGAGAUCAAGGUCUUCCUCUUCCAGUGAUCCACAUCUGUUUGAAACGCUAACAGUAACUUUUGCAGAACCUCUUUGUAUAUCUGAAUACUUUUUCUAAGCCAAAACUUUGGUAAAAAUCUCCUGAUUUACCUCAAUCAGUUUGAAGUCAUCAGUCUUUCCUGUAGUAUUCUCGAGCAGAAAGUAGGUUUAUGAGGAUUUCAAAAUGUUGCUUCCAACUGUUUCCUCAUGUUUAAGUGAAUGUCCAAUAAUUUCUGCAUUUGAAAAUAACAAUUGUGAUUUAUUUCAGUAAAUGACAAUACAAUAAUAAAAUGCAUUUAAACAAA